UAGAGAUCAGUUAACCCCCUCCACUGGGUGGCUGACCCGUUUGUUCACUGACGAUGACUUCCCUUUUAGACACAAGCACUCAAUCUAUGAACCACACGCAAACUGUCGUACACUCAGUAACCCAUUCCAACUUGACUUCAAGCUCUCCGUUUUCUGUUUCUCCCACCACUGUCCCACAGGUAAUGGGUGCAGCCAAUCUGACCGCAGGAAUUACUUUAACACUUAUGACUAAAAAGCCAGCUCACUCCGCAAUUAGGAUGAUAUCAUCUGACGGCUGGCAACCAUUCUAAAGCGGGACGACUACAACGUAAACUAAAAGCCUUGAGGGGAAAAAAGGAAGGAAAGCCUUUACCUGGACGGACCGCUUAGCGCUCUUGUACUCUGACCUCACCUGGCUAAUCUCUCAGGCAAAGAAUACUUUUACCGGCAACACACCUGAAUCACUCUUCAAUGCGAGAGGGAGUUUACACUGGAGAGGAUUAGCUAAAAUAAGAAAGGGAUCAAAUGUCCAAGGGCUGAAAAAACGUGCUUACUAGACAAAGGCUGCUCAGUGAGAUCUUCUGUAACCGUUGAACAAGCCCCAUCAUGUCGAGGAUCAUUUCGUCAGGGUGUGCAGGUAGACGCUGCCCAUUUUCCUGACAGAGACGUGUGUGCAUUUGUUGGAUUCAAAUAUCUUGUAUUUGCUCAGCAAGACAGAUGGAAUUAUGAGCUUCAUCACUUCCUAAGGAAUCCUUGUCGAACAAAGAAGGAUAAAGGAUUUAAAGACUGAGGAUAUAUAAAAAAAGGAUAGAUAAACAUUUAGGUUUCUCUCACAGUAUCUGCCAAGAUGCCCCUCAGAACAUCGUUGCACAGAAAGCCAGCCUCCGGUCGUUGGCCCAACAGGAACACCAAGCGCAGGGAGGUGCUGUCUGUCAACAUGAUCAGCCUCCCACUGGCUGAUUUCCGCCACCUCUCACAUAUUGGCAACGAUUCCCACACAGACAGCUUUGGAGAUCUGUCGUUCUUAAAGAUGGGCCACAAUCUGCUUUUACAGAGCUCCCAGAGCGAGCAGAAUCUUUUCCUGGCCUGCUCUCCCCCGCCAAAGCCCCCUCGUGUGAACCUGGAGGAGGCCGAGGGCUCCGAGAGCCCCGACUGGCAUGUAGGCCGCCUGCACAUGUCCCAGAAAAAAAAGAUAUGCAACUCUAUGCCGCUGCUGGACAAUGAGGAAGCAGAGAUGGAAAAGGAGGAUGGGUACAAAAGAGGGAAUAAUGUUGCUCCCAACCUGGCUCACAGCGGUGGACGGGGCAGUCUGAAUUCAGACAGAGAUGAAGACUCCACAGAGACUUUUGACAAAACUGUUGGACCGCAGCAUAAGGAGGAGGACAGUGGCUUUUCUUUCAGCCUCGACCUGGGCCCUUCAAUCCUGGAUGAUGUCCUCCAGGUGAUGGACAAACUCCACAAAUAGACAGCAUAGGAGCCAGGCCGUCAGCAAGGCUUUACUAAGGUUUGGAAUAUGGAGAAAAUAUCCAAUUCGGCAACCUUCUAUUGGGAUAUGAUCCGGAUUUUAUGGACAAAACAAUACCCUAAAGCAGUUCUUGUUGAAAUAAAUCUGGAGAUUUCUGAUAAUACCUGGGAACCAAGUAAAGACCCAAUCCUUUCGGGAGAACUUGACUCACCCUGCUUUAAUGGAUGUAAACUACUAUUUUAAACCAAAACUGAUUUACAGGAUGAAAAUGCUGAUUUAUUUUUGACUAUUUCAGGAAAACAUUUUUGCUUUUUGAAUAUGAGCACCAUUGUGUCUGCACACAUUGGUCCACAACAUUUGUUAAACAUUAAACCUUAAAAAAAAUGUAAAAGGGGAAACCUAGAAAUGACAAGAACCCAUAGGUAAUGUUCUCCUAGAGUUACCCCUUGGAGAGGUGGAUACAAUGUUUUAGUUAAUAAUUGAACUCUGACGGAUGUCAAACUCCGAGCUGGACAUUUUCACCUCUUCUUACUUUGCUCCUUUGCUUAUGUAAUCCCUCAAACCACAAAGCAGAGCACUGACGACGGCUGUUAAGACUUAAGAGUGUUGUGUUUAAGAAAAGAAAAGCUGCGGCUGGAAUCCAAGGUCCUCGAGCUGUGAUGUCUUGGCUCUUGGCGUGCUUGCCAAUCUAUUGUGUGCAGAGGGCAAUUUUUCCUCCGCACGCAUCCCAGAGGCCCCACUCAUAGGUAGACCAAGGUACCCCCCAUCUCUCAUUCCCAACAAUGCAGUGAAAACAAACACUUAGCUCUGCUUCCAAUAAAAGCCAGCCAGUGGUGGCAGGUUGGGCUGCAGACCAAGUUGGGCCACAGGUCCAAGACCUUAGAUGAAAAAAAAAAAGUUGGAGUAGGCUGUUUUCUUAGCUGCAAAUCAGAGUCCGAUGCUCUGGUGAGUGGCGCACGAGAAGGAAAGUGGUAAAGGGUAACGUGAUACUUCCACAUAUGCAGGGGGUGUCAAGGGAGGAGGACCAGAGACAUCCAUUACUGCAGCAAAAGUCCUGAUGAGGGUUUAAACACUACCUUCUGACAAAACAGACCCCCGUCACGUGAAGAACGCACGCUUGAAUCUCACAUACGUUGGCACACAAGUAUAGAGAAACACACAUGUACUUCAUGUAAGCACGCAUGGUCAAACUGAGAUUUGUGCAGACAAUCUAGGUCCACUUUGCUAAGGCCUGGAGAGCUGGGACAGAGCCUCAGUCUGUGCCUUUGUGGGGGGUUGCCAGGAAAGCCUGUGGGGCAAACCCAGAACCCGUCGCAUUCCUGAGUUCCCAACGGGGCAUUCUGCAAAAUAUACCAACCACAAGUGUCCCGCUUCGAGCAAUAGAUUUAGAAUUCUAUGUAUGUCCAAACAGAAACAGCAACGUCUGCACUGUAUAUCUGUUUUGCCAUCUCCCAUUUUAAAGUGGAUAUCACUGUUCAUUUUUCUUUUAUAUGAUUUGACAGUAACGCAUUGUGAACGUUUUUUUUUUCUGGAUUGAAUGUACUGUUUUGUAUUUUUGAGAAGUAAAGAAAAAUAUCUUUCGAAUUCCAA